AUGCUGGAUAACGAUUCAGAGGAAGAUAUAGAAAGCUUUGAAGUCGAUUUUACAGUUCCUGUGAAUGCCCCCACACUGAAUUUGACUGACCGACAUGACUUUAUUGCGGGACUACUCCAAUUGCCACCAGGAGACAACAACCUUGCACAACUAAUAUUUAAAACAAUAGCUUCCUUGUGUGAUCCAUUCACACAACCUGAGGAAUCUGCAGAUUUUGUACUAAGUGUUGACUGCAUAGCAGAUUUGGCCAUAGCUGUUCUGUUCAAAUCUUACAUGGAAGAACAAAGCACCGAUGACAUUCCAAUUGAGUCAAUUAAAUUUGAUAUCUCAACAAUAUUAUUCACAAUUUUAAGCAAAAUACAUGUCCUACUAAAUGCCGAUGAUGAGUUAGAAUUAAGAUACAUUGAGAACGAUGAAAACCACUAUAUGAAAAACUUGCACCUUUGGACGCCAAGCGAAAUUAUUGCCAGCAACGAUUAUAAUCUCAGAUUACUUUAUUCGAUUGCCUGCGUUGUGAUUUCAGCCAUGUACAAAUUAUUUAUUCCUAAAUCAGGUGAUUACAACUUGACUACCAAUCCUUACUUGCACUAUUUUCUCAAACUAUGGAAAUGCCACACUAAUAUUAUACUACUUGGAUUAGCAAUAGACAGAAGAAUUGAAUUUCUCAAUCACGAAAACGGGGAAAAUAAAGAAACACCGUAUAUAAUCCAACAAACCCUAAAAGGUUCAAGCUCCAUACGGUGCGUGCUAGCCUGGAUCCUAAACAAGAAUCCUUCGUCAACGCCAGUAUUUGAUGAUGACUUGUCCAUACAUUCAGAACAGUCAUUGGAUAUAAAAAAUGAGACAGUUUUCAAUUUCAUACAACCUUUAGCCCGAAAUGACAGCAAUGGAGGAGCAAUACUGCUAGAUAUGAGGUUGGUUACAAUCGCAUUGUUGAUACUAUAUUCAGGAACAUCGUUUACGGCUGGGGCCCAUCAAAGUAACGAGAAGCCUUCAAUAAAUCAAGAACACGCAAGUAGAAGACUAAACCAAUCCACAAAAAUAUCAGAGGUGGGUGAUAUUUUAAUCGAUUUGGAAUACGCUGACAGAUUUGACGAAGAUAUCAAGUACAUGUUUGAAUGUGAAUUCUAUGACGAAGCAGAAGACGACGAAGACAAUGAUAUUGACGACAAGGAAUCAUCAACCGAAGGUGAGUCUAAGAAAGGAAAGAAAGAUAACGGUGUCUCUGUAAUACCAUCAGAGAUUGCAGAAAGCCUUAUAGUACCUGAGCUUGAGUUUGAUGAUUUUGGAAGAGAUUGGCGAGAUAUUCCUCGAGGGGGGAAUAAUGAAUUCAACGAUCUGUUUGUAACGAAACUCAAAGAAUUUGAAGCUUUACCAAACAAAACUGAUUCGGAUAACUUUUUUGCUUCAUGGGAUGAAUUGUACCACACAUUUGAAUUUUUGAGUACAAAUUCUAUUGAGGGCAAUUCUCAGGCCGAAUGUAAAAUUGGACAAGUGGUAAUUAACACAAUAGCAAAGUCCAUUUUAGACAACACAGAAAACCGAGAGUCAUCAAUAACACCAGCUAAGAUUUAUCAGUAUUGGGCGUCUCUGGCUAGCAUGGAAGCAAUCAAGAUAACACAAGAUGACAAUAACAAGAUGAUUGUACCGAUAUUCAACGUUACAAAUUUUGAGUUGUUCUUUCAUAAUAACUCACAGCUUGCCAGAGCAGCGAUGGACGAAAUGCUUAUGUGUAAAGGCCACAGAAGGUUGCUCAUUUGGUUUUUAACUCAUAAUAUAAAUAUAUCGAUUUCAUUGGUAGACUACAUUUAUGAAUUGCUAGGGGGACUUCGCGGCACUAAAGAUAUAACUUUUCCUUAUAAAUUUACCAGAAAGGGUGGGAAAGUGUACUUAAGUGAAAUCGAACAGCUGAUGCUUUUGCACGAGUUCUUAACCAACAGUAGCGUUUAUUUGUCAGCCACUGAUGGGAUCGAUAUAGACGAUGGUUAUCAAGUGUUCUUAGCGGAAUCAAUUGCGAAAAAGCUUUUGUCUGUACUAUGUCUCAUGAUCAAUCACUUCAUCCAGUUGGGCAUAAUAGAUUUGUCAGGAAGCAAGACCGAUGACCUUCAUGAUUAUACAAAUGAGUUGCAAGUGUUGCUCAUCAAUUGGAUUGGGAAAGUUCCAGAGGCGAGGAAACUAUUUUUUAAAAUAAAGAAUGCCAAUGCUGAAGAUAAAAAAACAACUGAUAAUUUUGAUACGACAGUAUCAAGAGAAGAUGAGAUAAAAUUGAUUGAAAAUUAUGAAAAGGAAUCAACUGAAGCAAUCAGUACAGAUGUGGAUAAAAAUUUGAGAAACAGGAGGAUUAUCGAGUCGUUUGCAAAAAGAAUUGAACGUCAUCUAGAAGCCUUGUUAAGCCAAAGUGGAGAAGCAUCCAACUUAGAAGAAAUAAAUGAUGAUUUUAGAUACUUCCUUGCCAACUUCAACACGUUGUGUAAGAUCGACUAUCUUGCAGAACUUCUUUUUGAAAGAUUUGAACCCGUCAUCUCAUCGGGAUCAAUAUCGAAGUUGGGUGCAAAUACAGAACCUAACGAAUGUUUUGAUGCUGAAUUUAAUACUGAAUUCUUAAAUGGAGAAGGGAGAUUUGAAGUGAAAGAAACAAAGCCACAGAAUGGUUCUAAAAAGAAAUCAAAAAAGAAGAAAAAAUCCAAAAAGAAGUAA